UGUGAGGUUGAUGAUAGUGAGUUUGUCAGUGCAGAGUGAGUUUGUCAGUGCAGAGUGAGUUUGUCAGUGCAGAGUGAGACCUCUCUCCUGCAUGCACACUCUCUGCUGCACCGCACUACGCCCUUCAGUUCCGCCCAAAAGCGGAAAUGACGCCGGUGCAGAAGAUGGCGUCCGCAAAGCCUGUGGACCUGUGUUUAAUUUAGAGCCGAGCCGAGCCGAGCCGAGCCGGAGCAGGGUCCGUGUCUUCGUCUGGCUGAGUCAGAUGGACGCUAACAUGGCAGUGCUGCACCGCUGCCGCCCGCUUUCCUGACUCCGGCAUCGAACCCGCAACUUCAUGUCCGAAGGAGCCAGAGCCGCCUGGUCGAAGAGGGGCUGUGGGGACGCGCACCGCCGAGGUGAUUGACGCUCAGAAAAGGGACAUUGUUAGCAUCUACUGGACACAAGGGGCACUGUCCUCUGAUUGGCUCGGACAACCCCCUCUGACAUGCCCGUGGCCAAUCAGAGGUGUGUUAUGUCGGGGGCAGAUGUGGAGGUGUACCUGUCCCAGGUGCACGAUGGGAGUGUGUCGUCGGGCUUCCGGGCGCUUUACGAGGAGCGUCUGCUGCUGGACGUCACGCUGUUGAUAGAGGAGCACCACUUCCAGGCCCACAAGGCGCUUCUGGCCACCCAGAGCGACUACUUCCGGGUCAUGUUCACAGCAGACAUGCGGGAGAGGGACCAGGACAAGAUCCACAUGAAGGGGCUGACAGCCGCUGGGUUCGGCCACAUUCUCCGGUUCAUGUACUACGGCUCGCUGGAGCUCAGCAUGCCCACGGUCCAGGAGAUCCUUCAGGCGGCGAUGUACGUCCAGCUGACGGAGGCGGUGGAGUUCUGCUGUUCUUUCCUGCUGGCUAAGAUCUGUCUGGAGAACUGCGCCGAGGUCAUGCGCCUCCUGGAGGACUUCAGCGUGGGCGUGGAAGGCGUCCAGGAGCAGCUCGACAACUUCCUACUCGACAACUUUGUCCCCCUCAUGAGUCGACCCGACUUCCUGUCCUACCUCAGCCUGGAGAGACUGCAGGCGUACCUGAACAGCGACGCUUUGAGUCGCUUCCCAGAAAUCGAGCUGUACGAAGCUGUCCAGGCGUGGCUGCGUCACGACCGGCGGCGCUGGAGGCACACCGACACCAUCGUGCAGUCCAUCCGCUUCUGCCUCAUGACUCCUGCCAACAUCUUUGAGAAGGUGAAGACGUCAGAGUUCUACCGUUACUCCAGGCAGCUGAGGCAGGAGGUCGAUCAGGCGCUCAGCUACUUCCAUGAUGUCAACCAGCAGCCUCUGGUGGAGACGCGCUCCAACCGCAUCCGUUCCGUCCGCCCGCAGACCGCCGUCUUCAGGGGAAUGAUCGGUCACAGUAUGGUCAACAGCAAGAUCCUGCUGCUGCAGCGCCCAAAGGUGUGGUGGGAGCUGGAGGGACCUCAGGUGCCGCUGCGGCCGGACUGCCUGGCAAUCGUCAACAACUUUGCCUUCCUGUUGGGUGGAGAGGAGCUCGGGCCCGACGGGGAGUUCCACGCCUCCUCCAAAGUCUACCGCUACGACCCUCGGCAGAACUCGUGGUUACGCAUGGCUGACAUGUCCGUGCCCAGGUCAGAGUUCGCCGUGGGCGUCAUCGGUAAGUUCAUCUACGCCGUGGCGGGCCGCACGCGGGACGAGACCUUCUAUUCCACAGAGCGCUACGACAUCACGGAGGACCGCUGGGAGUUCGUGGACCCGUAUCCUGUAAACAAGUACGGCCACGAGGGGACGGUCCUGAACGGGAAACUGUACAUCACCGGCGGCAUCACCUCGUCCUCCACCUCCAAACAGGUGUGCGUGUUCGAUCCAGGGCGGGAGGCAGGAGGUGGGGGAGGAGGAGGAGGAGGUGGAGGAAGUGGUGGUGGAGGAGGUGGAGGGAGCUCAGGCGGCUCGGAUGCACACAGGACACGCGCCGGCCGAGGCCAGCUGCUGCCCGGCACCCACGCCAGCUGCUGGGAGAACAAAUCCAAAAUGAACUACGCCCGCUGCUUCCACAAGAUGAUCUCCCACAACGGGAAGCUGUACGUGUUCGGAGGCGUGUGCGUGAUCCUACGGGCUUCCUUCGAGUCGCAGGGCUGCCCGUCCACCGAGGUGUACGACCCGGACACCGACGAGUGGACCAUCCUCGCCUCCAUGCCCAUCGGGCGCAGCGGCCACGGGGUGGCGGUGUUGGACAGGCAGAUCAUGGUGCUGGGCGGCCUGUGUUACAACGGCCACUACAGUGACUCCAUCCUCACCUUCGACCCCGACGAAAACAAGUGGAAGGAGGACGAGUAUCCCAGGAUGCCUUGCAAACUGGACGGUCUGCAGGUGUGCAGUCUGCACUUCCCAGAGUACGUGCUGGAGCACGUGAGACGCUGCAGCUGAGGUCGGCUCCACGACGAGCCUCCUUUUUAUAGAAACGGGAACGCACUGUUCACGAAACUGAAGCGUCCUGCUGGGAGAUCAGGUGUUUACAGGCGGGGGAGACUCGACUGACGCGCAGGCUUUUAAACUAGAGACCAGCACUUACCUUUUCAAGGUGAGGAAAAAAAAGAUGGCCGGGCCAUAGUUUUUGCUGUUCUUAACGAAGCCAAUCGAAGCGUGACGCGGCGAGACGUCACAGCUUGAACAUUUUCAGAAUUAGCUUUCUCAGAAAAAUUAAAGGAAAAAUGAAUCGUGGGCGGAGAGAGAGAAAAAAAAAAAGUUAAAUUCUGCUGGUUUAUGUUCGGACUGUGGUCAGUUUGCUAUUCUACUACUCACCUCUACUGUAUUUAGGCUGUCCAGUCAGGCUGAUCGCAGAAACGCACUGGAAGCUUCAGACCGACAAACCGAUCCGUAUUUAUUUUAGAUUCCAUCGCGUCCGUCGUUUCUAUUUAAAGGCAAAGUGCAUAUCAUUAAUCAAACAAUCAGAAAACGCCCUAUAAGAUAUAUAAGAGCGAUUAAGAGUACGAUUAGUCCUAUAAACAAAACGUGAACACUAUAUACUGAUUUUAUGAACAGAGACUGUCGCCACGUUGUUACAGAUGCUGCUAACGCUUCGAUCUGCUACCAGCUGUCCGACGUUUAUCCAGUUUUUCGGCUUCCAGUGCGUUCCAGCUGUUCGUCCUAAUUCUGCUCUUUACUCCCAGAUAUCACCAUACUGUGCUCAUGUUCAUAUAACAUCACUGUGUCUUUGUGUGUGUGUGUGAGUGUGAGAGAACGAGCCGAAUGCAAGACUGAGAUGGGAAAACACUACACGGUACACGAGUGCUCGUUCUUCAUGCGGCGAUGAACGGUGACGUGGACUCGUACGCCGCCACACGGGGGAGGGGGGAGGGGGGUCAGAGGAUGUUGUCGUCCGUAUCCGUCUAGUCACUGGCAGUGCUUCAUGUCCUCCCAUCUACAUUCCCUGCACUUUAUUGGUCGUCGUCGUGGCUCUCGGGCGUAAACGCACAGUUUACCAGCUUAACCUUUAACAAAGCGGCUGUGGUGUCACAGACUGAAUGUCUGAAAUUAACUUCCAAGAUGAAGCCGCACAUGAAAAUAUUUAAGAGAACGCCGGGCCUCAUGCAAGAAGAUGAUCCUAAACUUCUCUGACUUCUUAGUUUCAACGGUCCGAAGCUUCCCGUCUGAGUGUGAGCCGGUUCUGCUCGGUCUGUGGGAAGAUUUCAUUCACAAAAAAAUGUUGCCAAAGAGUAAAAAUAAGACUUCCACACUGCAGCAGUGUCAGCGUAUUAGAUGUAGGUGUUAGAAGACCUGGAACAGUUAUGUAAUAUUAACAGUACAGCUGUUAACGGCGUCUGAUCGGAGAUAACGAGAGGAUGAUUUAACGGCAAGAUGCCAAACAGUUUUUCUAACGGGAGGUGGUCAUGUGACAUGAGAUAUUAGACAGGAUGACAUCAUAUCCCGCAGGAUGUGAUGUCACUGGGCUGAGAUCUGUGGCAGCUUCCGAACAAACUCGCAGAUAAAACUCCUCAAAUCUGAAAAAAUGAAACGACCUCUCUGUAAACUGGCAGCUACGAUGACAAACAGAAUAUUCAGUUUGUUGGUGUUAUGUUUUAUUUUUUAUUAAUUUCAGCGUUCUUCAGGGUUAGGCAUUAUGACUGAUGCUUUCAGGCUCACUUGUGAAUUUCUUUUCUCUCUUUAGAGAAAAUUAAACGUACUACCAGAAGUUUUUGGUCUCAGUUUAACACUGACGCGUUUAAAUGACAGAAACAGAUUCCUCGUAACGAAUGAAGUAAGAUGACGUGUCACAUGAGAACGGAUCUUUUCGUGCGGCUUGUUCUUGCGUGAGGCCCGACGUUUGUCCGCCUGUAAACCGGUCUUCACAUUUCAUGUUCGUCAGGUACAAAAACCAGGUUGUGUGUAUUUGAAUUUUAAAGCUCAGUGUGACCGACGCUCGCACAUAAAAAAUGACCAGCCAGUGUUUUGGAUGAUUUAUCGCCAGUGUGUUCACCAAAGCUGAACUCUUACCAGCCUCUCGCAGUCAUCUGUUAAUUUCAGACAUUGAAAGUGCUUCGGUUCAAUAUUUCUGUCGUCAUAUGUACUGUAUAUCUUUGACAUCCAAGCAGUGCAACGCCUUGAUCCUGCAGCUCGAUGUUCCUGACCGUGUCCUCUUUACAUAUUUAUUUAUUUUCUUUCCUUGAGCCAACUGUGAAAAGGGCUAGAACACAUACUGAUGCAGCUCCGUAUGUCAGCCGUGUAUUUAAGUUAUUUAUUUUCUGAAGUAUUGCUUUCACCGAGCUAUGCAGUAACAGAAGUAGGGGUUAUUUAUUAUGACGAGAACUUCGUUGUGAAUGGUUUGUGUUGUACUUCUCUCCUCGUUUCAUCCUCGGCCGUCUGUACCGCCCACCUCAGCAGCACUGCAUGUGGCUAACGAAUGGACGCGAUCGCAGCUCCAACUUUUAAAGGAGGGUACUGAUGUUAUUUAAAAUGACGGUCCGUCUCCAGCAACUUCACAUCUUCCUGUAUGCAAAUGAUCAUUGACCAGAUGUUAAAUUCACAGGUUUCUCAUCGUUUCUUAAAUACGAACCUGUUUGUAGGCAGCAUGUUUUUGAGGGAUCAGACUUCAGAUUUCUUCCUGAUAUGAAAAAAGCCUCUGGUGUUCUCCUUUAACUCAUGGCUCUUUGUAUUAACAGUGUCCCUACUGUCCACACACAAACGUCUGGAGUCCCUAGUCGCUGUACGAUUCCGCUGGGGGUUCAUCUUCAGCGCUCUGUGGCACCGGUAGAAAUCUUAGACUGUGUAAGAAUCCCUGUGUAAACGCCUCCUCAGCAGUGAGAGGUUGUGUGUUUUCACUGUGCGCUUCAUGAUGCAUCAUUGUGUUCAAAAAGGGGGGAAAGCUUGACAGCCGGAAAAAUGUUUUCAAGAAAUACAUGAGUCACGAAUUCAUCGUUUAGUCAGUAAAAUGUCAAAACUGAAUUAUUUCCGAUCAUGUAUGACGAAGAAAAGCAGCAGGUCCUCGUGUUUGAGAGGCGCGAAUGAUUAUUACAGUAGAUCAUCAAAAUAACAGCAGAUUAAUUCUAUUUUCACUAACUGAUUCACAGAUUAAUCGUUGCAGCUCUAAUCUGCAGCCCUCGCGCUGUACCUGCUGUAACUUUGUGCCAGUCGAACCCUCUAAAGCAAAUCGAAGUGAAGAACACUAACAUUGCUUCAAACUGUCCAUGUCCUCAAGUUUGUCAACAUUUUUUCAGCUGUCAACCAUUUUUAUCACUCAAAUCUGUUCACCUUGUUUUUCAGGUUUCAAACUAAUUCACAUUAACUAUUCGUUUCCCCCUGAAUGACCGCAGAAGUGUCACGUGAUUUGUUUAAAAACGGCAACUAUCACGCUGUCAGAGGCGGGUCUGACCGGGCCUCUUUAACUCCACGUCCCUUCACGUCCCUUCAGUGUCACUGUACUCUGCAGCUGAUAUCAUCAGACAUCUGCCACUCUGCAGUCCUCUCACUGCGCCUCCUCUUCCUCCUCCUCUUCCUCUUCUCAUGUUGCUGUUAAAAGAACAAACGUGUAACCGAUAAAGUACUACUGUCCUGAUUUGAGGUACAUUCAGUCAUAGCGCAGCAUCCUUUAGUCCACCGGUCUUCAGUCUGUCAGUAGGAAAACAGAAUAGAGGAUAAUAAAAAUAAAAAAAAAACAUACCUUGCUACAAUGACUGUAUCUGAAAAAGAAAGUAAAAUCAGAUUACCAUAUCUUAUAAUCUGAGUAGAAACUCUUUGGAAACGAUUUGUAACUUCUUUCCAGAAAUAAAUGUUCAUAUUGGUCAACUUUCA